UGUCCGGUAAACGUAAACAAAGUGCUGCCCUGUCUCUGCAAGACUGUGGCCAUGUCAGCCACACUUCGCUGGCUGUCUGGAGGUUGCAGGAGCUGGAGGUUGUUGUGCAGUGUCACCUGCCCCCCUCUCCACAUUAGAUGUGUCAGCAGUAGCGCUGAAGUGGGUGCAAAACCUGGUUCUGAGGAAGAGCAGCUCUGGGAAACAGCGGGCUCUUUACCCUUUUUUGCAGCCAGCCUAGGACCUUUCUUUCAGGACGGACCUGUGCUCAAGAACCCUUUUUUGGAGGAUGCCUUGCUCAAAGGGUACUUGAGGCGACACCUGCCUCAGGAGGCAGUCUUCUCAGACUUGUGUGCCUUUGGCGAGCGUGUGGCCACUGAGGUGGACGGUUGGGGCAGAGAGUGUGAGGUCACUCCUCCGCGCCUGGUGCAUUUUGACCCUUGGGGCCGCAGAGUGGACCAGAUCUUGACCUCCCCGGCAUGGAAACGCAUGAAAGAGCUGUCGGCGUUGGAGGGAUUGGUUGCCAUUGCCUAUGAGAGGUCGUUUGGAGAAUGGAGCCGGGUGUAUCAGAUGAGCAAGUUGUACCUCUUCUCCCCCUCGUCUGGACUCUACACUUGUCCUCUCGCCAUGACUGAUGGAGCUGCCAAAGUCAUUCAGUCCAUAGGAGUUUCAUGGCCGGUAGAAGAAGCCUACAAUCGACUGACCACACGUAACCCUGAACGUUUCUGGACAUCAGGACAGUGGAUGACAGAGAGACAAGGAGGCUCUGAUGUCUCCAGUGGCACAGAGACAGUAGCAGUUCCCCAAACAGAUGGUUGGUACAAACUCCAUGGCUUCAAGUGGUUCACUUCUGCCACUGAUGCAGACAUGACGCUCACACUGGCCAGAGUGCGCGACAGAGCAGGAGCAACUACUCCGGGUAACCGAGGUUUGUCUCUGUUCUACGCCGAGGUGAGUCAAGACCAAGAUGGCCGCCUGAGAGGGAUAGAGGUUCAGAGGCUAAAGGACAAGCUGGGAACCAGACAGAUGCCAACAGCUGAGUUACUGCUGGAUGGGCUACUGGCACACAAGCUGUCAGAAGAAGGAAGAGGUGUGGCCUCCAUUGCCAACAUGCUAACUAUAACCAGGAUCCACAACAGCGUCUCUGCAGUCGCAGCAAUGAGAAGGGUGGUCCAGUUAGCUCGUGACUAUGCCACUCGCCGCACCGCUUUCGCAAAGCUUCUUAAAGACCACCCGCUACACAUGCAGACUCUUGCCAGGAUGGAGGUGGAGACCCGUGGAGCUUUCUUCCUGGUGAUGGAUGUGUGUCGCCUGCUGGGUCGAGAGGAGAGCGGCAUCGCCACCCAGCUUGAUACACACCUUUUGCGUCUGCUCACACCAGUUGUCAAACUCUACACCGGGAAACAGGCAGUCGCUGUGGUGUCGGAGGGUUUGGAAAGCUUUGGCGGGCAAGGCUAUAUCGAGGACACAGGGUUGCCUGGAAUACUUCGAGAUGCACAGGUGCUGAGCAUAUGGGAAGGCACGACAAAUGUUUUGUCUCUGGAUGUUCUGCGCUGUGUGGCUCGGAGCUCAGGAAUGGUUCUGCAUGCUUAUUUUACUCAUGUCAAAUCCCUCCUUGCAGGAGCUUCAAGUGUCUCCUCACUAGGCCCAGCUGUGAGAGCAGUAGACGAUGCUCUCUCUAAACUGGAGGGCUUUGUCAGGGAGGCAGCCACCAGACCUCCAGUCUACCUGGAACUAUCAGCCAGAGACCUGGCAUAUAGCCUGGCUCGCAUCUAUACAGGUGCUCUUCUCAUUGACCAUGCAAGUUGGAAAAGAGCGUCUCAAUCAGACACCUAUGCGGCGCUUAGGUGGUGUGAACAGGAUUUGUGCCCCGUCGUUUCUAACCAGGCGAGAGGCUGCUAUGAUCCCAACGCUCCAGGACUUGAUGCAGCACUCGUGUAUGACCAGACAACACAGAACUAAAAUGGAUGCAUAUUGUAUUUCUAAUGUGCUGUGCUGUACGUUCAUUUAACGCUACUUAUUAUAUUGUUUGACAAACUACAUCUACAUUCAGUGGAGGAGACAGAAAUUUUGUAUUGGAGUGGCCAAGGUGAGACCAUUACUCACUUAAGGGUGGCAAUAAGUUGAUACCCGAAAUGUCUAGCUGGCCAGUGGGGUCGCCACGUAGCUCCGCCACUGUCUACAUUGAAGCAUGGCAAUUUAAUUGGAUGACAUUCUGUCAUCUGACACUAUUGCAGUUUGUAACAUGACGCCAUUUCCCAUUCUGUGCAGCACUGUGCAAAAGUCUGAGGCCACCAGUAGUCAUUUUGACACAGUACAACAGUAAAUAGGACAGACACAGAUAUGAAGAUUACAUUCAAAAUACAGAAAUUGUUUCCACCACAUGGCACGUGGACCAAGGAAAAAUCAUUUCAAUGUAGGUGAGGAUCUGGAUAAAGGUGCUAAUAUAGGAAUUUGUUAUUAAACAAACACAUACACACGCCACAAUUUUUUAACAAUUCAGCCUUGGUAGGGGUCCGUGCUCUACAAAGUGAGCUAAAGUAUUGCUAAAGCAUAAUAGUGGCCUAAGACUUUUUGCACGUUGCUGUACUGUAUAUAUGCAUUAAUGCUUCUAAUUGAAAUACAGUGGAUAUGUACUGUGUGGAAGGGGUGUUUUAAAUAGUUGCUUCACUCUUUACAGUCAGUGACACUAGAUGUCUGUAAAUAAAGUAAACCUGAUAUCCAUGGGGCCUUGAGAAAAUAUGGGGGACGUUAAUGUAUCUGCUCCUAACUCUUAAGAAAAUGUAAUAAAAUGACAUUUCUUGUGCUCAGUCUGAGGUUGAUAAAACUGAUAUAGUGUAUCUCUACAAGAAUGAAACGUGGUGUGCUGUGGAGGGGAUCUCCUGGGCUUUCUAGUGAUGAUAUUUGGGAGGUUCGUCCUAAGAAAUCGAAAAUUUGUAUUCG